AUGGAUUGCACAACCAGCCUGCCGCAAGAGGGAGGAAGUGCCAGGGUUCGAACACAGCACAAGUUGUGUGGUUUCCCGGCGAAUUGUAAAAAGGAAAUGAAGAGAAAUACAACAAAGCUGCUGUGGCUCUUGAUGUUCUUUGAUAUUGUGCUAUUCAGCUAUGAGAAAUCAAUGCGAGAGCAAGCUAUCGAGCUGAUGCAAGAUGCACGUUUAAUCGAUGGCCACAAUGACUUGGUACUGCGGCUGAGAAUAUUUUACCAAAAUAGACUCAGUACAGUCAACUUAAGAGAACUCAACAAGACCCACACAAACCUUGUGAAACUACAGGCUGGUUUUGUGGGAGCUCAGUUUUGGUCAGUGUAUGUUCUUUGCAGCGCUCAGAACAAGGAUGCUGUGCGUCUGACCUUAGAACAAAUUGAUGUUGUCAAGAGAAUGUGUAACAGUUAUGAAGAGCUUGAACUUGUGACAACUUCCCAAGGUAUCUCUGACAGUAGAAGGAUUGCGUGUUUGAUUGGAAUAGAAGGUGGUCACUCCAUUGACAGCAGUCUGGCAACACUGAGGAUGUAUUAUGACCUGGGUGUUCGUUACAUGUCUUUAACACAUUCCUGCAAUACACCUUGGUCUGAAUCAUCAUCUAAAGGAAUACACAACUUUUACCCCAAUGUUAAUGGUCUGACUGCAUUUGGCCAAGAAGUGGUAAAGGAGAUGAAUCGUCUGGGUAUGCUGGUAGAUUUAUCUCAUACUUCAGAUAUGACAGCAAAAGCUGCACUGAGUAUCUCAAAAGCACCAGUAAUUUUCAGUCAUUCCUCUGCGUUUUCUGUUUGUAAUCACUCAAGAAAUGUUCCUGAUGAUAUCCUCGAGCAAGUAAAAAAGAACAAGGGAAUUAUCAUGGUGACUUUCAAUGCAGAUGUACUGGCCUGUGGCAGAAAAAUUGUUAAUAUUUCUACCCUUGCAGAUCAUUUUGAUCACAUAAAGAAAAUUGCAGGUUCAGAAUCGAUAGGAAUUGGUGGUGACUAUGAUGGAGUAGAACGUUUCCCUGAGGGAUUGGAAGAUGUUUCUAAAUACCCUUCUUUAAUUGAGGAACUUCUUAGAAGAGGAUGGAAUGUAACUGAACUGAAAGGGGUCUUAAGGGAGAACUUCCUCCGUGUCUUCAGGGAAGUGGAAAAUGUGCGGAACCUUAGCAGAAUAAUGGAUGUAGGGGAAAGUGAAACUCCACAAGAAGCACAAAAUUUCUGCCGCUUAGACCUACGUAAUCAUCAGCUUCAGAGAGUCAGGUCCUUUGCAUUUCAUUCUGUGGCACAAUCUUUGAGUCUGACACUUGUAACUAUAUCACAUUUAAUCCUGUAUUAUGAAUUUUAA